CCUUUUUCUAAAUGCAUUAAAAAAAAUGCGUUAGUAUAUGUCACAAAUCAUAAAAUUAACCCUUGUGUGGAAAGACAAAUUCAGAUUUUUAUAAUUGAAAACAAAGGUGUGAAAGAUCAGAGUAGUGUUUAUUCAGUAGGGCCUGUGCCCAUUUAAAACCUGUAGUACUUUUCAAAAACUUGUAGUAAUUUUCACAACAUGUCUUCCAGAGCUGUCGGUCAACUGGACUUAAUUUGGAAAAACUUUCAGGGGUGAAUCAGCUGAAUGUUCUUGAGCUUGAAUUGAAUUGGGUUUUUCAUUAAUAAAACAACCAAAUAAAUAUAAAUAAUAAAUCAACACACCUUUAUACAAACCCAAAGCAACUUUAAGAUAAGUGCAAGUGGAAAUAUAACACACAAGACCUUUUUUGUAAUCCAAGCAUAAUGACUCUGAAUCAAAGGCAAACUGAAAUUGAAUGUGUUAUUCAUUCUGCCAAAACAGUCUGAAUAAAAAAUGGUGGCGCACUACAUUACAUCUAACAUCUAUCAUGAUGUCCUUCAUGUGGUGUGAAGAACCAGUAUUUGUCUGGGCUGUGUAUGCAUACUUGGGUAAAGCUGAUCAAUGAUUUAAAUUUCAGUCUAAAAUAUUGUACUUCUUCAGAAGACCAAUUUGUGCUGCUGCAUUUGCAAAAAUAGCAAUUCAUCCAAAAAGUGAAGAAAUAUACUUUAAAAAAAAAAAAAAAACUUUCAGAAAGUGAUGGUUUACAUCUCACAUAACACUAAAACCUAUCAAUUAAAUUAAAUUUAAUUAAUUUAGGCUCAUAGUAUUGCAGCCAUCUUGAUGACUUUGACAUCCCAGCACUCCACGCUGCCUUUACUCUGAAAAGAUUUAUUUCAAAAACAUAUGCAAGUAUGAGUUUAUUAAAUUAAAAAACGAGAGGAGCAAAUAUCAGUCUGAAAUAGUAAAUAACGUUAGCAAACAGCCAUCAUAAACGCUCCUCGAGUCGCUUUGUUUACCAGGGCUUCAGCUGCAUUAGUAAACUUAAUUAGCGUCACAUGAUAUGCUAGAAGAAACUGACGAAGCGGAUCAUAAAUAACGCUUAACUACUGUUUAAAACAACUGUAAUAUAGUGAAUGGGUGGGUUAGACAAAAAUCACUGGACUUGUUUGUCUGUGUCUGACUGAGAAAGUUUUUUUUCGCAGUUUUGACAAACUGGUGUAAAUCACUGCAUAUUUAACACUUGCCGUUGAUAACUUUGAUGUAAUGGUGUUAGUUCCUCUUUGCAUUAGGGUUGCUGAGCUGGUUAAAAUAAUAAGUUACGAAAAUAAAUUAUAAACGUUCAAAAGUGCUUUAAAUAGGAAUAAAUAAGCUAGUUGUCAGUUAUAAUCAUCAAAAUUAAAAGAAAUAAACAUUUGAAAUAUAUCAGUCUGUGUGUAAUGAAUGAAUAUAAUAUACAAGUUUCACUUUUUGAAUGGAAUUAGUGAAAUAAAUCAACUUUUUGAUGAUAUUCUAAUUAUAUGACCAGCACCUGUAUAUUUGCUUUUUAUACUUUACACCAUUUUUACAAAUGAGGUUGUCCCCAAAAGAAGGUUUUAGGAUUGAUCAGAUUUAUGUAACGAAACUGUAAGUCUCGCUUCGUAGAGGAAAUGAAAACAUUACCCUUGGAAGACUUAAGGAGGAAAGGAUCUUGGUCCCCCACAGUGCUUUGAGUCUCAGAAUACACUAUGUGUAUGUUUUAGCUUGCACUACUGUAAAACAACAGGAAUAGGAAAAGUAUGCUUCAGGUAAGUACGUGUCAGUACGGUGGCUCCCUGAAGUAUGUUCAUGUGAGGUAACAUAAAUCAUUCACAAUCCCCCCUAAACCUAAUAGUGUAAGUGAGACGCCCCUACUCCAAGGAAACGCACAAAUAACUGUAGUCUGAACGAUCCAUUAACAAUUAGUAAUUUAUUAUUUUUCCUUUUUUUAGAAGACUGGACUUUGCUUUGAAAGAAUUGGCUUUGAUUAAAUGAAAGAAAUAAAACAAGUAAUUGAUUCCUUUAAGUUUUUUUUUAGCUUUGGUAAACCGUUCAACACUUUAACUCUUCAUAUACACAAGUUUCCUAGAAUGAAAUUCAAUAUCAGAGCACACAAACUGAUUUUCAAACAGCGCUGGAUAUCUCAAACGAAACUCUGAAACAUGUAAAUGACUCUUGCAGUUGAAUUCAAAUCAUUCACUUCAAAUGAACUGAAAUAAUUUGACUAAAUUCAAAUGAACUCCGAAAUAAAUCUUAACUCCUAUGAAUCUAUGUACGAUUUUGUUCUCACGCCAACCCAUGUUCAAGUUCACAGCACAGUUCAAUUUAUAUCAGUGAAGAGUUCACGUGUGUGUAAGUGCACAGAACAUUUGUACCAGUCCUUAGCAACGAAGAAUUUGAUAAGCGUUCCUGUGGCUCAGUGGUAGAGCAUUGCGUUAGCAGUAAAAGGUCAUGGGUUCAAUUUCCAGGGGAUACACAUACUGAUAAAAAUUAUAGCCUGAAUGCACUGUAAGGCCAUGUUCACACUUGGUGUCUUUUUUUGAAGCUGCCAGCGUCUGUUUUACAUUAUAAUCCUAUGGAGUAAACAGUUUUUAAAAAAAAAUCCUGAGCGCUUUUUAAAACGCCACCGCCGGCAUCUUUUUCUGCAGCUCAGAGCGUCUUUUCGUAAAUAGGACACAGAAUAGAAUAUUGAUCUCAUUUUUAAGGGAGGCAGGAGUUUUCAAAAAUUUAAAUUGAUAAUUAAAGUGUGAAGUGAGGGUAUGUAUGUGUGUGUGUGUUUAUGUGAGGGGAUUAAGGGAGUGUCAUGUAAGUGUAGGUAAGGGAAUAGACUGUUAUAUUAUAACCUAUUAUUUGAUCCACACUCCGGAGCAGAGGGGGGCGGUAAUGCACCAAAAAGCUGGAUGCCAACCGCCGUAAAACUGGAAAGAAGAAGAGCGUCUUUUCUAGUUGAAAAAAGUUUAACUUUUCUGAAAAAAACGCCCUACGUCAAGUGCCUUUUUGACAGCUGACCAAUGACAAGCGAGUGGCGAGUCGUUUCCAUUACAACAAAAACAACAAGAAAAAGGAGAAGAUAGCCGAUAGACAGAUCGUACUAGUUUCGGAGCACAAAGAGUUGUAUGAAACCGUGCAUCAUCCAACCGGAGCUCCUGGACUAAAUUGUUGGAAGCACUGUACAGUUUCCUUCCCCGUAUAAUGUCGCGCUCCCACAAACGUCGUUGUGAACCGACACCCUCCCCAUUAACUUCAAAAGCCGACGUUUCUGCAGCACACAGCGCUAGGCUACCGCUGCAGCUGUUGUUAUAGCAACAAAAGACGCCCUCGGCUGCUAUUUGUAACCAAAACGCUGCCAGCUUUUUAUUUUACUGAAAAAGCGCUCGUCGACUUUUUCUAGUCAAAAAAGACGCCAAGUGUGAACACGGCCUAAGUCGCUUUCAAGCUUCUGUUAAAUGCGUAAAUGUGAGAUGACUUGUGAUGAUGAAACGAACAGUUGGGGCAGGACAGCGAGGAGAUGUCGUCAGGAUGGCAGGGUAAUAAGAAUAAUAAUAAAAAAAUAAAAAAACAUGAGCAAAAACUCAAGGUGGUUCAGGAAAAACUCAGGAACUUUCUGGAACAAAAUGGCACCGGUCAGCCACAGAACGCUGCUGAACACGGUCUGACAUGCAGAAAAAGACUUGGGUGUGUUUGGUGAUACAGAAGCAGUGAAGUCAGUAUCAGUGAUGGAGGGAGAUCCUGUCACUCUAUACACUAAUGUUACCAAAGGACAUCAUGACAUAAUGCGGUGGUAUUUUGAAGACACUCGCAUCGCUCUGAUCAAUGGACAUCCCAAUACGAGCUGUGUGUAUGAUGGUGAAAGCGGGAGAUUCAGAGACAGACUGAAGGUGGACUAUAAGACUGGAUCUCUGAACAUCACAGACAUCAGAGCUGAACACGCUGGACGUUAUGAAGCAGAGAUCAUCAGAAGCGAGAGUUCAGGCAAAAGUGAAAGCUUCAACAGACCCAGGAAGUGUGACGGCACAAAAAUCAACAAAAAAAACAGUGACUCUAAAGACAUCAUAAAAAGAUUCAGUCUGGCUGUCAGUGCUGUUCCAGGUUCAGGUCUGUCUCCAGGUGUUGUAGCAGGAAUUGUUGGUGUUGGUGUUGUUCUGCUGAUGGCUGCAGCUGUUGUUGUUGGUCGUAGGAAGAUUGGCCGCUCCAUCUUCAGAAAUGUCAAAGAAAAACCAACAAGUGAAAGACAAGUGUCUAAUGAUGAGACACAGAAUGAAAAAAGUCCCAUGAUCUGAGAGGAUCGCAACAGUUUGGGCAAAAAAAACUCUUCUAAAAAUACAUAAUAGAAAAAUGAGAUUGUGUUUUGAGCUGAAACAUUGAAAUGAUUUGCAGGCCUCAUUAAUAAUAAAGCACUCAGUGUUACCUGUUAUGAACAUAUUAAAACACCUGUUACUGGAAACAUAGAUAAUAUUAACUGUGUGAUGCUCACAGUCAUAUUGUCUUUCUUGUUGUUAAAGGGAUAGUUCCCCCCAAAAAUGAAAAUUCUGUCAUCAUUUACUCACCCUCAAGUUGUUCCAAACCUGUAUGAAUGUGUUUGUUCUGCUGAACACGAAGGAAGAUAUUCUGAAGAAUGUGGGAAACAGAGCAGUUCUGGGGCACCAUCCAUAGUUUUUUUUUUUUUUUUAGUCAAUAGUGCCCCAAAACAGCCUGGUUACAAACUUUCCCUGAAAGUGAACUAUCCCUUUAAUUUCUAAUUUUAGCAUUUAAAUGUCCUGUAAUUAUCUGUCAAAGGAAAGUCCCUGCGAGUUCAUGUAAUCAUUUUAACAGGUGCUUUUAUCCAAAACAACAAAAGAGGAACAUCUGCAGUUGGUUAUAGUUCAUGUAUUAAGUACUUUUUAGUUUAUAUUUGUGUAUUACUUUUAAACUGUAAGUGAAUGUUGUGGAAAAUAUCUUUGUACCUCAUGUAAUCUUCAUUUUCUAUAUAAGGAAAAGGACUUUUGAUGAUUCUGUAUGUAAACAUGUACAUGUGAAGUUAAGUUAAUUUGUUGUAUUUUUUACCCCCUCAGACAAAAGUUUGUACUGCUUUGAUUCAUAUUUGAGAUAUUACUAUUUUAGUAAAAUCCUUAUAGAAAAAAAUAAAAAUACUUCCAGGUCUAAGUCUA